AGCGACCGCUCUGAUUGGGAAAUGGGAACCUUUUAUCUUCAUGGUCAGACCUAAACACUCCUUUAUUUGUGUGAGCCAAAGAGGAGUUGUUACUGUCUAAUGUUGCAUCAACUAUCAAGCUUGUAGCUGCAGGUUCAGCAAAGGGAACAGUUGACCAAACAUUUUUGAUGCAGGGGCAGCUCAUCUAACCCACAAUAUCAUCUCCUACAUAUACCAUCAUCACAUGCAGGAUCUACAACAAUCCAAGCAGCUUCAUUCCCAACCAACACAUUCCAAAUGGCCGAGGAGUUUGAGCUGCCUGAAUUCAACCCGAGGGAGCGCGCCAAGCAGCAGAUUUCGGUGCCAUUUCUGUGGGAGGUGAAGCCCGGCGCGCCGAAGAGGGACUGGGCGAUCUCCAAGCCGGCGCCCACGGUCUUCUCAUGCCCAUCACCGGUCAAGCUUGUCGUCAGCGUGCCGUUCCAGUGGGAGGAGAAGCCCGGGAAGCCCCUGCAAGACAUGUCACGCCUUCAUGCGCCGCCCGGUCACAAUGCCGGCUUUUCGGUGUCUCCUUACUCACUGAACCCUUUUGUGGUCGACGAUGACGAGGAGUACACGAUGGGGUUCGACCUGGAGGCGUUCGGGUUCCCCGACGACAGCAAGGCGUCCACCGGUGCCAUGGAGUUCGCGGACGGGUCGAGCCGCCAUGGCCAUGGCGCCUGGUACUCGUUCUCGGAGUCGGAGGACUACAGCAACUCCAGCGGGAACACUUCGGCCAGGGAGUCCCAGUUCCCCCGGGCGCCGUCGGAGCGGAGCUGGGAGGUGGCCAAUGACGAUGACCAUGAACUGGCCGCCGACCGGCGGAGCCCUCUGAGGAGCGCGUUCACGCUGGAGGAGCUCAUGAUGCUGAGCCGCAAGCUGGGCGGCGGGCAGGGGUUCUCGGCCGAUGUCAGGAGGAAGAGCCUCUCCACUUCCCUGUCCUCCGUGGAGCUCAUCAAGAAGUUCUUAAUUGUGUGCUCUUAGUGGGCGGCUCCGUGGCUGCUGCGGCACAUGGGCGAGCUGUACCGUGUGUGCAUGUGGGUUUGAAGUGAGUGAGAUCCCUGGCUGUGAUUGAUCGAGGAAGAAGCUUGCUCGGGAGUGGAAGCCUACUGGCUGUCCUGCGUGCUGGUGCUGUAGUGUUGUGUCGUGUCUUCGAAGGAAGGAAUCUUGUACACUUUUUCCCGGUGUUUGUUUCAAGAUAAACAAACACUGGAUUUCUCUAUGCAAUUCAGUUUGUGGAAUAUUAUGUUUUCGUGUUCACUUGUC